GUUCAUCCUUGAACUCCAGCGCAAGUAGAAUAGCUGCUAUGCAAGUCUGAGAGAAUCUUGUCAGCAGCCAGACUUCAUACUGAAAACUACUGAGGAGUUAACAGUCAAUUAAUAAGAAGCCAUGGAUGACUCUAACGGAACCAUGGGCGGAGAAGAAAGCCGAUUGGAGAGCCCAAAUGAAGCAGCCCUUUUAGCCCUGCUGGAGAAGACUGGCUACAGUAUGGUUCAGGAGAAUGGCCAAAGGAAGUUUGGUGGUCCACCUCCAGGUUGGGAUGGGCCGCCUCCUCCUCGGGGCUGCGAGGUGUUUGUGGGCAAGAUCCCGCGGGACAUGUACGAGGAUGAGCUGGUGCCAGUGUUUGAGCGUGCUGGACGCAUCUAUGAGUUCCGCCUGAUGAUGGAGUUCAGUGGCGAGAACCGCGGCUACGCCUUCGUCAUGUACACGACCCGCGAGGCGGCCCAGCGCGCCAUCCAGCUGCUCGACAACCACGAGAUACGACCUGGCAAGUUCAUCGGUGUAUGCGUGAGCCUGGACAACUGCCGCCUGUUCAUUGGCUCCAUCCCUAAGGACAAACGCAGGGAGGAGAUCCAGGAGGAGAUGAUGAAGGUGACUGACGGAGUUGUGGAUGUGAUCGUUUACCCCAGUGCCACUGACAAGACCAAGAAUCGCGGCUUCGCCUUCGUGGAGUACGAGUCCCACAAGGCUGCAGCCAUGGCCCGCAGGAAACUCAUACCAGGAACAUUCCAGCUGUGGGGUCACACCAUUCAGGUGGACUGGGCAGAGCCAGAGCGCGAUGUGGACGAGGAGACCAUGCAGCGGGUGCGCGUGCUCUACGUGCGCAACCUGAUGCUGCACACCACCGAGGAGACGCUGCGCACCGAGUUCUCGCGCCUGAAGCCCGGCGCCGUCGAGCGCAUCAAGAAGCUCACGGACUACGCCUUCGUGCACUUCCAUUCUCGCGAGGACGCCGUCGCCGCCAUGCACACGUCCAAUGGUGCCAUCGUCGAUGGAUCCCCCAUCGAGGUCACACUCGCCAAGCCCGUCAGCAAGGACGGCGGACGGCGCUUGAACGCCCGCGGCGGCUGUGGCGGUGGUGCGCUCACCAGCAUGCCAGUGCCCGGCCCUUACGGCGACACCAAUGCCUACGUCUUCCAGGGCAAGCCGGAGGACCUCGCCAGCAUGGCGGCUGUCACAGCGAGUAUGGGGGGCCUGAAGCUGAUCACCAACGGCGGCGGGACCAACUCGGGGCGUCCCCUUGGCCUGCCGUCGCGCCUGGGCAGCCCGUGCCUGCUGGACGUGGAACGCUGCGUGUUCCCGUUUCACCCGGGAGCCAGCCUGGUGCCCGUGGGCCUGCAGGCGCUGAAGCCCGGGCAGCUGAGCUCAGCCGUCAGCCUGCUGGAGUACCACUGCCUGAAGAACGGCUGGGCGCCCCCCGAGUACUACCUCUACUCCACGGUGGCCCAGGAGGGCAAGAUGCUGCUCGUGUACAAGGUGGUGAUUGGGAGCACGCGCAGCAGCUUCAUGCCCGACAAGGUGUGCACCGUACUGGAGGACGCCAAGGAGCUAGCCGCGCAGCACGCACUCUGGAGCCUGGAUUGCUCCUUCCUGGGACAGGGCUCUCCUGGCAGCCUGUCCCCACCAGCUCCUUCCUCCUCCCCCGGUCUGCUCUCCUUCGGCUGCCGGCCUGUGCCGUACCCCAGUUACCCUCUGGCGCCCCUGUCCCCUCCCCUGCCCCUCAGCGGCGCACCAGGCCAGAGGAUCUACCUGCCCAGCCAGGGGCCCUUCUACUGACCCCCCGCAGCCGGCUAGCAGCCACUCGCCUGUCCUGUUUAAGAUGUCAUGCAUCACUGGCCACUCACCUGUCCUGUGUAACAUGUCAUGCAUCUCUGGCAGGACAGUGAGUUUUGUAGACAGGGGAGUUUGGUGAGAGUAUUUACUGCAUUUGAUUGGGGAGUUCUACAGGUUCUGUCUUUUCUGGGGUGUGGGUGGGUGAGGGAAGGGGGGUUUGGCAUGGAUCAAUUUGGUGAUCAACUGCCAUUUUUUGUUACCAGGGAUAGUUAGUAUGAUUGAAUUUCGUUGUUCUUAUCUUUGCUACUUGUAUUUUAACUUUUGCAGUGAAAGACACUGUUGUUGUGAUACAUAUAUAUA